UGGUUUGGUGCUGCUGGGAUUCCCCUGUCCACGAGGAGCUCGUGUUGGGUGGACCUUGCUGCAUGUUUCCUAUAAAUAAGGAACAGGCUGGAGUACAAAGGAAGGUGUUUCACUGCAGUUUAAGAACAGAAGCCGCAGGGCAGCUGAGCUGGGGAACGUGAUUUGCAAGACACGUGCAUAAAAGGAAGGCAAAAGCAAUUAAGUGAAUAAGUGAAUUAAAGCGGAUUUACACAUGAAUAUAUUUAGCAAGGUUAUGAAGGCUGUCAGUCGAGUCCUCAUCCUACUGCCCAAGAUGCUGCAACAAGAAUGACACUGGAUGAAAGUUAAGGAAGGAGAAUGGGGAGGAAAGGACAGAGAAUACAUGAAAAGGAACCUGAAGAUUUCCCAGAUGGAAUUACUGUCUUGGUCAGGUCACCAUGACAGCAUGCCUUUAAAAUGACUCAUACCUCAGAGCUACAAGAUUCAGAUCGUCAUAAGCAGCCAACCAAGAUGGAUGUGAGCUUACUUGAGGAGCAGUAUGACCACAUAAAACAGAAGCAAAAGCUGCAAUCACACAUUAUUGUAUUUAAAACAGGUGAGCAUGAAUCAGUUCUCCCAGAAUCAAUGGUCAACAUUGUUUUAAUUAAUAAAAAAGUUAGAAAUUCAAAGUCAUUUACGGAACGUGUCCCUGUCAGGAAGGUCAGGCUGGAGGUGACCAGCAAUGGCACUGCACAUGACAGCUCACCCUGGCGUACUCACCUGGGAAUUCACCGCCUGGCACUAACUCCUUGUAAGAAAGCUCCCUGUGAUCUUUCCCACUGCAGUAAUGAACCGUGCAGUUUUGACAAUCAGAGACUGAUUUCAAAGGAAAACGGAACAUUGCAACAUAAGGAAUUAGAAGAAGAGAGUGAACUAUCCGUGCUCAGUUCAAGUACGUUGAGCAGUUUCAGCAAAGAAAAUGGCAGCACCAUCUCAGGAACUUGCCAAAAGCCUGCUCUGAAGUCAGACACUUCAGCAGUUUGGAUGCAUCACCAUAUUUCCUCUACAAAACACAUGCCAGCUUGCCACAAGUUAGACUUUUAUCCUUUUCCUAAUAAGAAAGCACCCAGAAUUUCAGAAGCAGCAAGGAGGCUGGGAUUGUAUGUCUCACAGUGAAGACACUCAGCAAUAAAUAAAGUUCAGUCAAAAAUUGGAGUCAAACUUAAAACAGCAAAAUAGCAUUCCUAGUUACUGUGAUCAACUUGCUGAAGGUCUCCUAUUAGCCAAGGAAGAUCUUCACAAAACAAAUGGUUGCUGUACAGUGCAGUCUCAAGUGAGUUGUAAGGAAGAUGUUGGACUGCAAAAGAAGCUCACUUUUGUUAUUCCGGAUACUGGAGCAAUUCUUCUGGGCUCUUUCCCCUCUACUUUCAGGUUACUUAUUUAGAAACAAAGGCUGUAUCACAACAACAAUUUGAAAUAUCAGAGAGUUAUAGCAAACAUUAGCAAAACUGCUGAUGAAGAAACAAGGCUGAACUUCAAUAUAGCACGAUUUGACUGGACUAUAAAUAAAUGAGCAAUUAAACUGAAGGAGAUUCAUACACUUAUAUGAUUUCACAGUAGUCUUUUCCUCAGAAAAAAAAGACAUCAUUAUAAUUUUAAAUGUAUUUUUAAAAGCAAUUAAUAAAAUCUUUGCUCACUUCUA